AUGUCCAAUAGAAAUCAUUCGAAGGGUCUCAAAGGAAGUUUCAACGGUCAAGAGGCGUUUCGCGGUUUGCACUCCGAUUGGGUGACGAACGAGCUGCUGGCGUGCGCGAGACCGACGGACGCGAUGAUUGAGGAGGGGUUGGCGGAUAGAUUCGCGGAACGAGGCAUCAGGCUGAUCGUGAACCUGGAGGAAGCAGGGGAGCAUCCGUGGUGUGGGUCAGGGAUCACAGCAUCGGGAUUCUCCUACACUCCUGACAAGUUCAUCAAGGCUGGAGUCGGUUACCUGCAUGCACCAUGGAAGGACAUGGCAUGUCCGCCCUUCCCAACCAUGCUCUCCAUCGUGCAGAGCAUCUCCCUCGCCAUUGGCCGCCGCCACAAGGUGGUUGUUCACUGCCAUGCUGGCCUAGGAAGGACAGGCCUUGUCAUUGCAUGUUACUUGGUUGCAGCAAACUCCCUAGCAGCUGCUGAUGCUGUGGCUGUUGUGAGAGCAAUGAGGCCUGGAUCACUACAAACCAGGAAGCAGGAAGUCUACGUGGCUGAGUUCCAGGCAUUUGUACGUGGAGAUGCCGCCACUGGGUCACAAGAACAAGCCCCAUUGUUGGCUGGGCAAUACUCCCCUGAG